AUGGAGUGGACGACGCGCGACGUCGCCGCGGACCCGCGCGCGACGCGCGCGCGCUGGACGCGCUCGGCGGCGGAAACAUCGUCCGGGAGCGGUGCGGACGAUGGAUUCUUCGCGUCGUGGUCGACGCCCGUGUUCGUCGUCGCGGCGUGCGUCGCGGCGCUCGCCGUGGCGCGAUUCGCCGAUCGUCGGGUCGGCGCGGCCGUGCGCGCGCACUGUUUCGUCGCGUGGACGCUGGCGCUGAUCAUGGUGGGGAUCGUGCCGACGGAUGUGACGGCGACGCUGCGCGCGGGAGAGGCGCCGCGCGGGUUGGACGCGACGUGGGACGUCGCGUACUGGAGUACGUACGCGCUGACGUGGAUCGUGCUGCCGCUGCACCAGUGUUACGUGGACGCGGCGGAUUUUUCGUCCGUGGGACGAUUGAAGAGAGCGGCGCGGGAGAACGCGAUGUUUUUGGGAAUCGCGGCGACGGCGAUGUUCGUGGGCGCGGCGGCGCUGUUGGCGACCGAGUCGCUGUCUUUGGACGCGAUGCGCGCGUAUGGGAUCGUGGUGGCGAACGUGUGGGGUAUUUCGACCGGGGUUUUACUCAUGGGGUUUGGUUUGGUGGACGUGCCGCGGGCGAUUUGGCGGCGAGCGGCGUUUAAUAAUCGUCUCACGCGGUCGUACAAGCGCGUCGCCGGAGUGUCGCGGGCGCUCGGUAACGCUCACGCGCGCUUGGCACGGCAAGUUGUGGCGGUAACGACGACGAGUCGAGUGAUGCCACGGCGACAUAGUUUGCGUUGGGCGAUGAGCGUCAUCGAAAACGAGACGCCAGAGUUCUCAGAAAUGCACCGAGGAAGCUUAGAUGAAGCGUUGGACGCGACAGAGGAAGACGUGCUGGAUUACGAUUACGAUGAGUUGAACGAUUUAGUUGCGCUGCGUCGCGCGGUUCGCCGUUCGCUGAGGCAGUACGAUCGCACUAAGGCGCAGUACGUGAUAGCGGUGAAGGAUGCGUUUGAAGCGGAAGCCGCCGAGCAAUCGCGGGCAUCGUCAACUCGACGAUUGCAUCGCCCGCCAAACUCGGUAUCUCGUAGCGGCUCGCUCGGAAAGUGUAUGGAUGAUGUGCAGUACACGUGGUCGAUCGUCAUCGUGCCCGUCCUCUUGAGAGUCAUCGCCACUGGUUUGGCCUUUUUUUCGGUAUCCAUCAUCAUCGCAGAGAGCAGUAUUUGGAUCGGGAAACUGUGGGAAGAGGCGGAUCAGAUAUCUCUUUUGAGCGUGAUGCUGGAAAACGCUGAAGAUUCGACAUCGGGUUUGACCUCCAUGCACGUCGUCGUGGCGUUUCCGCUCGCUUACAUGUGCCUUUGCACGUUUCAUUCCCUCCACAAGCUGGGCAUGUUUUCGUUUUACACGCUCGUGCCUCGACACACGGAUGCGUUUUCGCUCUUGGUGAACGCGAGUCUGGUAUGCCGUUACUCAGCGCCGCUGAGUUUCAACUUUCUCAUGCUUUUGCCCAUUAUUCGCGCGAGUGGCAAGAUGACAACCUUCUCACGGAAGAUGGCCAACAACGUCCCAGAGCUCGCGGGUGAGCUGAACAUCAUCGUGCCCACGUUUUUGGGCUUGUACUGCGUCGCCAUCGCCCUCGGCUGGUUCGACCGCAUCGCACGCGUACUCAACGUGGAGGGGUUUAAAUUCGAUAGCGACAAAGACGUGAAUGAGAGCACGGAAACUGGAAAGUCAAUCGUAGACAGGGAACGCGCCGAAGUCAUGGACGGCGCCGAAAUCGGAAGCUCGCACGAAUCUUUCGUCUCUGAGACUGCGCCUCGCGAGCAAAGGCUUCCGCCAAUUGCUUCGAAUAGUAACGAGUGGAACGACGUCGAGCACGACGCUCGAGGAGGUCUGCUAUCGACCUAUCCCGAUCCGGAAUCCGCGAGCGCACGGUGGGAGACGCAAAAAGCCCGUCUCGCCCAAGCCACGCAAGCGAGCGCCGCAAGAGCCGUACCGCGCGGGUCGCCGCUCUCGCGAACUGGUCGAGACAAAGUGAGCGAACUCGACUUCAUGUUCUCGAACCUCGGUCGCCGCAGCAGCGGCGGUGAAUCGUUCUCGGAUGAAUGA